CGCUGCUCCGGGUGUCGCCGGGUAGCCUCGCCUGCCGGUUUUCUGUCAGGCUUUCGCGCUGGACGGUCCCGAGGUGAGCGCCAAGGAGUGGGCGUUCCGGCUUGAAGGACCGCGCCGCGGCCCCGGAAGCGCCUGAUUCCCGGCGGUCGCAGUGAUGGCUUCGGGGUUGGGCGGCUGACCGCUGGGCUAGGAGCGGGCCCAGCGCCCAGAAUCUCGGCGGCCGCUGCUCAAGCGCGGCCUGCACCAUGGCCACCUCCGCCGCCUCCUCGGAGCAUUUCGAGAAGCUGCACGAGAUCUUCCGCGGCCUCUAUGAAGACCUACGAGGGGUGCCCGAGCGGCUGCUGGGGACGGCGGGGACCGAAGAGAAGAAGAAGUUGAUCAGAGAUUUUGAUGAAAAGCAACAGGAAGCAAAUGAAACGCUGGCAGAGAUGGAGGAAGAACUACGGUAUGCACCCUUAUCUUUCCGUAACCCCAUGAUGUCUAAGCUGCGAAACUACCGGAAGGACCUUGCCAAACUCUACCGGGAAGUCAGAAGCACUCCUUUGACAGCCACACCUGGAGGCCGAGGAGACAUGAAAUUUGGUGCAUAUGCCUUAGAGAAUGAGCAUAUGAAUCGGCUCCAAACUCAAAGGGCAUUGCUUCUACAAGGCACUGAAAGCCUAAACCGGGCCACCCAAAGUAUCGAGCGUUCCCAUCGGAUUGCCACAGAGACUGACCAGAUUGGUUCAGAAAUCAUCGAAGAGCUGGGGGAGCAACGAGACCAGUUGGAGCGUACCAAGAACAGACUGGUAAACACAAGUGAAAACUUGAGCAAAAGUCGAAAGAUUCUCCGUUCAAUGUCCAGAAAAGUGACUACCAACAAGCUGCUGCUUUCCAUUGUCAUCUUAUUGGAGAUAGCCAUCCUGGGAGGCCUUGUUUAUUACAAAUUCUUUCGCAAGCACUGAACUUCCUACAGGGAAGAGUUUGUGGACCAGAAUCUUGAGCCUGUGAAUGAGUGGUUUAGGGAUACUGUAUAACAUGUUGCUGCUGUGUGCUCACCAUUCAAGGAUGCACUGUGUAGCCAGAUUGUGGGGAAGAGGGAGGGCAAAUGGAAAACCAAGUAAAUAUGAAGGAAGUAUGAUAUACCAAGGUAAUAAAUGCUGUUUAUGACGUCUU